AUGGCCAACAAUCUAAGCACAGUCACAGCGAGUGCAGUGAAAGGACCUACACUGAAGCCUUCAUCAGUUGUUUCUAGUACUGCUUCAUUGAAUGAAAGCAUAGGAGUACCAGGAUGGCAGAUCGUCCAUCACGGUGAUUUACCUGUUGUGACACUCAGUAACGGUGGUCAAAGUCUAAUAGGCUACAAUGCAGGAAUCCAAACCGUAAGGAACAGAAAAAGACGUGAAAAAGACUUCGAAUUGAAUACUUUGGAACUUAAACGCAAAAGUGAUCUUUGGAAUUUACAAACUAAUUUACCUCUUAGGAAAACUACUACUACUACUAAAUAA